AUGGCGGAGCUGUCUCGCGUGCGCGGCGCGGACACGGACGACCAACUCCUCGAGCUCCAGCGCGCGUUCCUCGCGAGCGAAGAACAGCGCGCGAGCGUGCGCGUGACGAGGCAAGGCGGCGCGCCCCCGCUCGAGCCGGGCGCGCAGGAGGCGAAGGCGGAGGAGGGCGACGCCGCGGACGCGGAGAAGGCGUCCUCUUCGGACGCCGCCGCGGAACUCCGCGGCGGCGAUAUCGGCGGCGAUGCCGGCGGCGAUGCCGGCGGCGGCGCGGCGUCGGACGGCCCGGGGUACACGCUGAGCAACGUCGUCGGCGAGAUCGUCGAGCGACCGCGGAGGUCGACGCCGGCGAAACCUCCGUCGUUUCCGACGCCGACGCCCGGCGCGGACGCCGCGCUCGGACGCCCCGCGGCGAUGCACCGCUCGAAGGGGCCGUUCGCGGGGAGGAAGAGCGCGUUCGCGAUGAGACGCGAGGCGCAGCGCGCGGCGGCGGCGAUAUCGGCGGCGGGCGGCGGAGGGGGAGGCGACGCCGCGUCGAAUGCCUCGCCGUCGCCAGCUGUGUCGUCGUUGUCGGCGGCGACGCGGCGCGCGCCGGACGCGGAGGGCGCGGGCGUGGAGGAAGAGACGCGACGGCGGCUGGAGUCGAUGUCCGUGAAAGAGAUCGAGGACGCGCGCGCGGAGCUGGAGUCGCGCCUGUCCCCGUCGGCGCUGGCGUUCCUGAAGAACCGACGCGCGGGGGCGGCGGGCGCGGCGAACGCGCCGCGGGCGCCGCCGGCGACGGCGCCGAAAUCGCAGGCGGCGCCGAAAUCGCCGCCCCCCGCGGACGACGCGCCGACGGAAGCGCCCGUCUUCUCCGGCGUGACCGCGGAGGCGCUGCGCUCGGUCACGAGCGCCGUGAACGCGCGCGCGCCGGACGCCAUCAUCACGGCAGCGUCCACGCGGUACGCGCUCGACGGCACCGCGCUGAGCGCGGAGGCCCACGCCGACGCGAGCGCGCUCGCGAACGCCGCCGGCAGCGCGGUGACGCGCGACCCGCUGCGCGCGGACGGCGCGGACGCGGGGUACACCCUCUCCGAGGCGUUAGAUCUCUCGCGUUCGAGCGUCCCCGCGCAGAGGGUCGCGGGGUUGACCCUGCUCGCGCGCGUGCUCGCGCGCGCGAAGCGGUGGGGCGCGACGACGACGCGCGGCGACGACGGCGAUUUCGGCGCGUCCGGGUCCGACGGGUUGGGGGGCUUCGGCGGCGGGCGCGUGUCGCCCACGCCGCUGCCGAAGGGCGUGAGCUGGAAGGACGCGUGGCUGCACGCGCUCGUGGAUCUGAGCGUCGUCACCGCGCUGCGGCGCGCGCUGGACGACGGGCACGCGGCGGCGGCGGCGGCGGCGGCGGGCGCGAUCGCGGCGCUCCUCGGCGGCGUCACCGGCGGCGGGAGCGACCUCGCCGCGACCGAACGGCCGUCUCGCGGCGCGUCGGACGACGCCGCGAACGACUGGUUCGACGCGCUGGCAUGCGCGCCGCCGCACACCGGACAUAUUGUAACGUACCGGACGCAGCCGUUAUGGCGCUCCGGCGGGUGGGGCGCGACGUUCACGCCGCUCGGGUGGAGCGCCGCCGUCGGCGCCAUCGCGUCGGACGCGAACGGGAACGUCGUGCCGGAUCCCGCGGACGAGGCCGACCCCGACGGCGCGCCGCCGUCGGAAGAGACGCGCAGAUCGCGCGCGAUGGCGCACGCCGCGGACACGACCGCUGCGCUGCUUCGCAUGGGGAUCCUCAACCGCGUGCGGUACCUCCUCGAAGUCGGCGCGCACCCGGCGGCGACGGCGCCGUGCCUCGCCGUCGUCGCCGCGUGCGCGCGGCACUCCGCCGCGGCGUGCGAGGCUGCGUUCAAGUGCCCGCGGUUGCUUCAAACGCUGACCGACAUCGCGUCCGCGCCGUUGCUGUCGAAGGGGGAUCAUCCCCCGGGGUCGCCCGCGGCGGCGAGUCGCGCGUUGCGCGUCCUCGCGUCGUCGUCCGUCGUCAACGCGCGGCGGCUCGGCGCGAACGGCGCGGCGUCGACGGCGGUGGCCGCCGCGGCGUCCGCGAUGUGCGUCCCCGGCGACGGCGCCGGCGAGGGUUCGACCGCCAAGGAAAAUGACCUGUCGCGCGGCGCGAAGAUCGCGAACUGGAUCGAGGCGAUUCGGCUGUGGGCGGCGACGACGGCGCGGGGCGGGCAGGUGCCGUCCGUCGACGGGCUGUAUCCGCUGUUGCAGUUUGGGAUGGAGAAACGGCGCGCGCGCGAGGACGGCGACCGCGGCGUCGCGCUGGCGACGGAGAUAUUCUCGCUCUUCGCCGCGUCAACGCCCGCGCUGGUGGCCGCGCGAGCCGCGAAGGACGCGGCGCACAAAGGCUGGGUCGCGCCCGAGAUUUCAAAGGACGGGACGUUCGCGGACGCGGGCGGCGGCGACGCGUCCGCGGCGCUGCACCCGUCCACGGUUCUCGAGACGACGUCGCUCCCCGGCGGGAUGUCGUGGUCGUGCGCGCUCGGCGCCGCGUCCGUCGCGGAGGGCUGGGUCAUCGUGACCGACGGCGAAGAGACGUUACAACCCGGGUCGUCGCCCGCGGCGUGGCGCGCCGCCGGCGCCGCCGCGCACUUCCUCGCCGCCGUGCUCGAGGCGUCGACGUCGCUCGGCGAGCGCAGCGCGGACGUCGGCGACGCCGCCGCCGCGGGGAUGCGCGUCCUCGGGCUGAGCGCCUCGUCGUCCUCCUCGGAUCCGGACGCGGUGGACCCUCGCGGCGUGUGCGGCGAGCGCGGCCUCCUGACGUUGUGCCUCGACGCGUUGGACGUCGUCGGCGCGUCACCGGACGACGACGCGGGCGACGCGGCGCUCGCGCGCGUCUCCGCCGUCGGCGUCGCGCUUCACGGCGCCGUGCGUCUGCUCCACGCGACGCCCGGGGCGUCGUCCGCGCCCGCCGCGAGAGCGCUGCUCACGCGGACGGUCCGCGCGCUCACGCUGGCGUCCGCGGCGAGCGCGAACAAGAGGCAGGUGGGCGACGGGGUGCUGCGCGGCGGGCGGAGCGCGUCCGUCGACGCCGCGGAGACGCCGUCUCGCCUCGCGUUGCUUCUCGCGCUCGAGUCGCAGGACGCCGCGCACGAGCGCGAGCUCAUCGCGCGAGAGAAGGAGAAGGAAAGUAAACUUCUUCACGGUAAAAAAGACGAGCGCUCGGAGGAUACUACCAACGACGACAACUACGACGACGACACGGAGGGCGCGGUCGCCGCCGCGGAGGCCACCGCGGCGCUCGUCGCGUCGUUGCCCCCCGGCGCCGGCGCCGUCGCCGCCGACGCCGUGCGCGCGGGGCUUCUCUCGCGCCGCGCGCUCGGUCCGCUCCUCGCCGCCGCCCGCCGCGGCAUCGACGCCGCGGUGAAGUACCUCGACGGCGAGACGGUGAGCGAAGACGCGCGGUUCACCGCGUCCGCGGCGAGGGAUAUCGUCUUGGACGCUGCGCACGCGGCGGACCCGGGGUCUUUGGUGCCGUCCGUCGCCGACGCGCGCGCGGCGACGUACGGAGGGUUCAACCUCGAGCUCACGUCCGAGAUUGAGCGCGCGGCGUCCUCGGCGUCCUCGGCGUCCUCGGGCUCGGGCGCGGACGCGGCGGUCGCGCGCGGGCCGAUGGACGGCGUCGGGUCGCUGACGCCGCUGCCGCCGCUGCCCGCGUGGCUGCUCGCGCCGUGCUCGCCGAAGAGCACGGUACGAGGCUGGGGCCCCGAGGGCGUCGCCGCGUGCCUCGCGUUGCUGUUGGGGUUGGAAGUCAGCGGCUCGUCGUUCGCGCGCGGGCUCCCCGCGGACGCCAAGCUCACCGCGAUGAGCGGCAUCUUUUGCAUGGGCGAGAAGAUAUGGCGCGACCCCGCGGUCGCGGCGGCGGCGGCGGCGCUCACGGACACGUACUGGGGCCGGUUAGACGACGAGAAAAUCACCGCGUGCGCGACGCCGAAGCUGGGGCGGCACUCGUACGACGGCGACCCGCGGAGUGAAAAGACGCGGCGGAGCGUCGACGGGAGGAAGAGCGUCGAUCGACGAAGCGUCGAUCGGCGGCCGUCGAUCGACGAACGACGAAGCGUGGACCUCGCGCGGGACGACGCCCUAAACGAGAACGACGACGACGACGACGACGACGAGAGAGCCGCGAGGGAGAUGGCGCUCUCGUCGCACUCGGAGACGAUGUGCGAAAAGUUUGCGACGGAGUCGUUCGGGGACCCGCUCUUCGCGCGGCACGUCGCGUUCACGCUGCGCGCGGACGCGCCGCCGCGCGCGCGAUGCGCCGCGUGGCUCGCGCUCAGAGAGGGCGUCGCGCUGCACCUCCUCCCGCCGCUCCCCGCGCUCGCGCCGCACCCGGAGGAGGGCGACCAGUUCUUGUUCCUCCCGCCCGGCGGCGAAUGCGACGAGGAAAUGCUCGAGCUCUACGUCCAAGCCCUGGAGAGCGGCGCGCUGGAUCGAGGGUUCACGCAGUCUCCGCCGCCGCUGCCGUGCGCGCUCGCGUCGCACGCCAUCACGCACGCGGUGUGCUCGUCGCAGGGCACGACGUCGUCGAUCCUGACGCUGCGACGGAUCUUGCGAAGGCCGAACACCGAACGCGUGUUGCGGAGCAUGAUGCACACGCCGCUGACGCAAAAGCGCCGGCCGUCCGUGGCGAUCGCGGCGGCGUUCGGGACGUCGGGGGUGCAUCACGGGAAAGGGGGGCUGUGGGGCGGGGAAACGCCGUUCGGGCCGGGCGCGGCGUACGGGAAGGAAGCCCCGAGCGCGGACGUGGAGGCGCGGCGGAGCGUGUUGCUGAGGGCGGCGAGCGAGGACGUCGAGUUGAAACGAGAGCUUCGAGCCGCGCUCGAAGCGGCGGUCGCGUACCCCGACGAGGAGGACGAGGAGGCGUAG